AUGUCCCUUCCAUCAACAAACGCAAACCCACUUGGAGCCUACCUCUCACCAGCGUCGGGAACCCGCACCGCGCUCCUCCUAAUUGACAUCCAGCGCGGCCUGAACACCAGCAACGGCUACUUCGGGACCGAGCGGUCGACUCCCGAUUUCGAGGAAAAUAUCAUUUCUCUCCUGGCCGCAUGCAGAGAGUAUAACAAGACAAGCACGGGCACCAGCGAAAGUCGAGAUUCCAAGCCGACUUCUUCUCAAGACACCGCCGCUAAUGGUGACACCCCCAGCAACGAGGCCGACGAAUCAUCAAGAGGCCCCUUCCCGAUAGAAAUCGUGCAUGUAUACCACUCAUCCACAAACCCACUGUCUCCACUACACGCGUCCGGAACGACACAGAAGGACGGGAUAUUGUUCAUGCCGUGCGCGGCACCGGUGUCGCCGUCGUCCUCUGGUCAGAUUGAGCACGUGCUCUCAAAAUCCACAAACACGGCCUUUGGCAACGUGGCCCUGCAGCCGAUCCUGGAACGCAGCCACAUCGCGCAGUUGGUCGUCGUGGGGAUCGCGACGGACCACUGCGUGUCGACCAGCGUGCGCUGGGCCAAGGAUCUGGGUGUUGUCAAAGGACAAGGGCCACAGAAGGAAGGUAAACAAGGCAAGAUCGUCAUCGUAAGCGAUGCUACUGCGUGCUUUAGCAAAGGUGGUUUCGAUGCCGAGACGGUGCAGAAGGUCCAUCUUGCUAGCCUCGAGGGCGAGUUCGCAAAGGUUAUGAGCACAAGUGAUGUGUUGGCCCAGCUAUUUGGAUGA